AAUAGUUUAAAAUAUGAUAGCUUUUGAAGUACGAGUAACGAACUCGCCGCUGUAAACAAUCAUAGGACGGCGGAAAACAUUUGCUAUAUCAAAACAAACCACCAUCCUCAGCCAAAGUCAGGUGACCAUUAGCAGCAGGAAUUCACAAAAAGAAUGCCACCGGAACCGAAGGAAACGAGUCCGUGUCAGGAGAAGACGGACGAUGAGCAGCAAACGGAAUCGACCGACGAAAACGAAACACCGACGAACGGUGGGGAAGAGAUUGAUCUGGAAGAGGUAACCGAAGAAAUUGUGGAGCUAAGCAAUCGGCUAGAUUCGCUCAGCACGGCACUGGACAGUAUCGAACAGCAGAAUGACGAUCUGCAGGCGCAGAUACUUCUGCUGCUGGAUUCGCAAAGGGCAACACUCAAAUCGUUGAAGGAGGAAAAUAGCCGCAAGGCUGCAAAAGGUGCAGAAGCAUCGGACGGUGAAGAACCGAUGCAGCAGAGUUAGAAUGUUGCACCACCAAAACCCGCUGAAAGUGGGAACUGAAAUGGAAUACCGGGAUUGUGUUGGGAUGAUCAUUCCUGUAUUGUUUUUGUUUGUAUUUUUUUACUACUAUCACUUUAACCAUGUAUCGUUGUGUGAAAGCGAAAAAUAAAUGUAGACUGUUAUUAAGGGCUAAA